AUGAUGGUUACUACGAAUAACAAUCAUCGCCGGUCGAUGAUUCGUUGGAGCUUGUUUGCGCUAGUUCUCGCUGCGAUCUUCACGGUCCAGGAAGCUAGUGCUCUCCCCCAUCGUGGUAUGAGCGUACACAACCAUGCCGCUCGCAGUGCUGCGGCACCGACAAGCAGUACCAUGAACGUUACUUCGGCCGUGGAAAAGACGGUGUCGAAGGCAUUCAAGUCCAAACCCCGCAACGGUGUUCUGCAUGAAGGUCAUAAGAUUGAGAUGCGGUCGAACGAUACGAAGAAGGAGAUUAUGGCGCAGCGGCUACAGAAGUCGAUCCAGAAGCAGAUCGAUGAACAAAGCCUGGGUGGCGGUCUGGACAUCAACAUCCAGGACAUUCUGGGUGAAAUUGACGGUGAUCUCAAGAUUCAAGGGAGCUUGAGCGACAAGAAGAAUAAGACCACUGUGAUUACGUCGCCAAAGUCGGAAAGCAGCCAAGACUCGUCCUCAUCCUCGUCCUCGUCUUCAAAGCCAUCGUCCUCGUCGACUUCGAGCAAGCAUAGCAGCACGUCGUUGUCGAAGCACCACAAGACGUCUUCCAAACACUCAACGCCUUCCUCAUCCUCUUCUUCUUCGACGCCCUCGACCACUACUUCGUCGGGUAGAUCAUCGACCUCGACCUCGACCACGUCAGAUGGCGCAUCGUCGACGGGUCUUAGCAACGCCCGUCAGGCUUCGACAUCAUCAGGGUCGGGCUCGAAGAGCUCGCAGCGUGGUGGCUUCUAUCGCAUUGGUGUUAACCAAGCCGCUUCAACAGCGCAACGCAUUGGUGAUGAGUCAACCAGUUCCUCUGUGCCGGGCGGCCGUGUGGCUGCCAAGGCCAACGAGCCCAAUGGCAACUUGCCGAACCAGAGUGUCAUUACGAACAACCCGUCGUAUGGCUUUUUGGAGGCACAGGACGACCUGUACACGAUUCGUAAGUGGGCUGGUGAUUUGGGUGAGUUGGCCUCCAAGAAGAACCGCAACGAAACGAUUAUGGCUCUGUUCGACGCUGCUUCACGCUACUACCCUGACGUGGACACGAAGACAGUCGUGCGCAUUAUGCUGGCCGAUAUCAAGGCGGAGUCGGAUUUCAAGUCAGGUAAUGUGAGCCCUGGUCGUGUGGACUCCGGUAACAGUGUGGGUCUUUUGCAGGUGAGCCCAUAUGGAUCUGGUGAAUUGGAUCAGUUCAAGAAAAUGGUGCAGAGCGCGCAGAACACCUACUCGUGGGCUGUAGGUACAGCCACCUCGGAGCAGGUGAAGCUGGGUGGCUUCUCUGAACUGGGCCCAUUGAUGGAUUUCAAGAACAAUGAUAAGAUGGAUGUCUCGAAGCUGAGCAACUCGGACUUGAGCCGCCCUUGGGUCAACAUUCACGUGGCUAUGUGGAUCCAGGCCAAUUUGGCUCGGACGGGUAGCCAGGACCCAAGCGACUGGGGCAAGGUGUCGAAAAGCAGCCAGAAUGUACGUCAGGAGUAUGCGCCUGCGAUUCAAGAGCUGAUUUCCUCCAAUUCAUCUGGCAAAUGGAGCCAGAGCCAGUACAGCUCGGCAUUGUCGUCGCUGGAGAAAGAUUUGAAGGGCAAGUACCACCAGAAGCCUUGCUUUGCUACUGGUCUUGGCUCAUGGGUGGCUGGUCCUGCCGCUAGUGACAGCUCGGGUUACACGCGUUCGGGUGAUGACAUUAGUGCGCAGUACUUUGAGAACAUUAGCAAGGGUCUUUCUGUGCUGUACACAGGCAGUGAGAAGAACAGUGACAAGUACGGCAAGUCGUGGCUAGAAAACAUUGAGCUUACGGCUGGUCUGGUGGACUACAGCGACUAA